AUGGAGCAUUGUAAUGCUUCCAUUACUCCAGCUGAACCAAGACUGCAGUUGUCUAAGAAUGAGGAUGAGCAAGAUGUUGAUUUAAUUCAAUAUAGGAGGUUGAUUGGAUCCUUGCGUUAUUUAUGCAAUACACGACCAAACUUGGCGUUUAGUGUCGGUAUUAUGAGUAAAUUCAUGGGGAGGCCGAAGGUGUAUCACUUGGAAGCAUUCAAGAGGAUCCCAAGAUAUGUCAAAGGUUUUGUUGACUGCAGAAUUCUCUUUCUUAUAGAGGAUAUGGGCAGAAAAUGCAACUUUAUCAGUUUUAUCGGUUCCAAUUCAUACAAAUACAAAGAUGAUCGGAAGUCUACAACUGGAUACAUCUUUAUGUUCGGUGGAACACCAAUCUCAUGGUGUUCUAAGAAGGAACCGGUAGUUGCACUCUCAUCUUGUGAGGUCGAGUAUAUUGUCACUUCGUUAUGUCUCUGUCAAGCCGCGUGGCUUACGAAUCCAUUGAAAGAGUUGGGCAGCAGUGAGGAUGAGGCCGUUAAACUCCUGGUUGACAACGUUUCCGUGAUUAAUCUUGCUAAGAACCCAAUUACACAUGGAGGAGCAAACAUAUUGAGAUGA